CUAUUCUAUUCACAUAUAUAAAUACCAUUCUUCAUUCAACAAACUCACAUCAAUAUUCAAAAUUUCAUUUAUCUUUAACAAUGGCUACCAAUGGUUUUGAAGACUUGUUACCAGUGAUGGCAAACAAGCUAGGUGGUGAAGGUUUAAUAAAGGAGCUAUGCAAUGGAUUUGAAUUGUUGAUGGACAAAGAAAAAGGUGUGAUAACAUUGGAUAGUUUGAGGCAAAACGCUGCUGUUUUGGGUUUACAAGAUUUGAAGGAAGAUGAACUUGUUGGUAUGAUGAAUGAAGGUGAUUUAGAUAGAGAUGGAGCACUUACUCAGAUGGAGUUUUGUGUUUUGAUGUUUAGGUUGAGUCCUGAAUUGAUGGAAGAGUCUUGGUUUUGGCUUGAGGAAGCUCUGCAACAUGAACUUGGUUCCUUGUAGUUUCCUAGGAACAAUAAUUUAUGAUGUUUUGUUCUUCUCUUUAUGUUGUUACAGUUUAUCUUAUUGAAUAUAUUGGAAAUAAUAAUUGACAUUUUUUGGGUAUACA